AUGUAUAGAAUGCCACUUGAUGAUUAUAAUUCAAAUUUUGAUACUAAAUUCAAUACUUGUUCAAGUACCAGAAAUUGUAAUUAACCAAAAUCAAUUUUUCUGCUGAAAGAACAUCGAGAACAAUGUAUAAUUGAAUUAAUGAAUUUUAGUUCUGGCAGAGAUUGCAAGGUUAAGAAUUAAUUUGAUAUCAUUUGUUUUUUAAUGGGAGUUGAACUAGAAAGAUUAAAUUAAGAGAAUGAUAAAUUAAAGCAUUAAAACUAAGAGAUUAAGGGAAAUAGUUAUGAAAAUAAAAAUUAUGAACUUUAAUUAAAAGACUUAUCUGAAAGAUUAGUUAAGAAAGAACUUCAGUGUUAACAAUUAGAAAAUCAAUUAACUGAUGCCAAUAAAAUGAUAGCUCAAAAGGAAAUAUUGGUCCAAAAUUAAUAUUAAUAAAUUACUCAGCAAUAAUAGUUUAUUUAAUAAUUAUAGUAUACAAUAAAAUAAUUAGAAUGCAAAUUAGGAUUUUUAGUUUGUGAGAAUGAAAAUUUAAGUAGUAUAAGAAACGAUGAAAUAAUUAAUUAAUAAUAAAUAUUUAAGUAAUAGAAUGAUUACGAUGAAUUAUAAAAAGUGUAUAGUUCACUACUGGAAAAUUAUAAUUUAUAAAAUGAAAAGUUAAGGAGAAUAGAAACAUAAAAUAAAGAAUAUGAACUGAAUUAUUAAUAAGUAUUGGAAAAGAAAAAUUAAUAAGAGACAGAGAUCAAAAACAAAAUGGUUUAAUAUGUUGAUUGUAAAUAGAAAUUGAUACUACUAACAAGUGAAUUAGACAGGAUGAAUGAAGCCAUCCAGUAACAAUAAAAUGAAUUGGAUUAAAAAUAAAAAAAAUUUGACAGUAAAUAGCAGUUAUUGCUGAUGCGAAUAAUUUUACAUUGUGCUGAAAUUGAUAGAUUAAUAGAAGUUUAAGGUAAAUUAAUGAAUGAAAAUAAAUGGUAUCGGAAUCAAGUAGAAUUAUAUGCAAUGAUGAUCGAAGAGAAUAAAAAAAUAGUUAAAUUAGAUUUUUGA